ACAGUGGUGCCCCUGUUGUGAGUGGUGUUAAGAACCGUCGAUGGAAUGGUCUUAAUUUUGUCCGCUUGAGUUUUUAAAAAGUUUUCUAACAUUGUUCAUUUGAUUAUUUCCAGAUGCUACUGGAACGUGUCUUUCGUCCGUUCGGCGCAGUAGUCAUGUCUGUACGCAAUAACUGCCCAUGGCAUCGAAGUAACUGGCGACCAGUCUACUUCUCUUUUUCGGUCAAGUACAAGCUUAAAUACAAUACACCUGAAGCGCUGAUGAAAUCAAGGAACGGUCGAUGCCUUUUAAUGCGGAGAAUUUUGCGAGAAAAGCCGUUUCUCGGCUGGAAUCAUCAGUGCACUCCUCGCGAAGAACGGCUACAGUACCCCUUGUGACUGCGCAAUAUUGUACAGACUUCUUCACCCCAUUGUUCCUAGACGUUUUGUGCUGUAGAAUUUCCAGUUAAAUUCAAAUUCGAAUCCGGUGGUGGGAGGUGAAUAUGGAAUCUUCUAAAUGUUAGUACUUAAUACUUAGAAAACCUUCUCAUGUGUAGCAAAAUGAAGCAAGGCCGUGAGACCUGACAUAUAGUGACGUUUAUACUUUCCUGUUAUUUCUGUUUUAUUGCUUCCGAAACCAAGGUAAUAAGCCUAGAAUGAAGAGGAACAACAUUUCAUUAUUCUUGACGAACCAUGCAAUCGCACUU